CGGAGUCGUUGAUUAACAUGAGUUGGAAAAAAGAGAAUCGAUGUCGUCUAAGCAUCAUGCGAGAAAAAAUCCAAUCAACUAGAUUUUGUUUUGCGCUGCCCAAAAAAUCUCCUUAUUCGAAACUAAUCAGUGAAGGCCUCUACGCAAUGUACGAUAUGGGGCUGAUUGAUUAUUGGAAGAAUCGUUCUCCUAGAACAGUAACUCAUAACUGCGAACCAACCAACAUAAAAAUGGGCAUGUCAAAUCAGAAGAAAAAACCAAUCUCAUUGGACAAUCUGUCCGGAGCAUUCGUUGUUCUUGCCGUUGGAAUUGCAGCUGCCUCUUUCGCAUUUGUCAUCGAAAUUUGGAUCGCUAUCGUUCAGCGGAUGAAGUCUCGUCAUUGAAUUUGUCAAAUACGAUAUAUCUAAUUAUCUAGUAUAUGUUUUUUUUGCGCUUAGUGAAUUGUAGUUAUUAAGAAGUAGUCACUGAAUGUCCGCUUAAUUAUUCCAUUAUCCUCGAUUUUUUAAAAAUCGAAAUUAUCUAUUUAUUCAUUUUUAUUCCCCUUUCAUUAAUCUCAUUAAAUCAUAAAAUUCAAAUUUAAAGCAUAUCCCCUUAAGUUAUAUAUAGGCCCUUAGAUCUACUAAAAUGCAAUUAUUUAAAUCCAUUUCGGCCACUUUUAUCCUGAUUAGUACCUGCCCGCUAUUGCUUUUGAAAACACCCAUUGUUGAGUGUACAAGCACCCCUUUUACAGGAAAGCCUGGAGUUAGUAUUUUAAACGGGCAGCACUUAACCAUCGCUUCAUUGGAUAUAAGGCCUUAUAUGCACAUUGAGCACGAUCACAAAGGACAGAUAUAUAAGGUAAGAUUAUUCAUUUUGAAUCCUAAAAUAUUUCAUUAAUUGACAAACGAAUUUAUAGCUGCAUGGCUUCGUCUAUCAGAUGGUUCUGUGGCUAUCAGUUCGGUUUAAUUUUACAUUUACUGUGGUUGAACCCAAGGAUGGUGCUGUCGGAGCUUUAGUUAAUAACACAUGGAAUGGUAUGAUUCACAUGGCCAUAAUCCGAGAAGUAGAUCUCGUUGCAGCACCAGUCGUGCCGUCUUCAGACCGAAUUCGAGUGGUAGACUUUAGCAUUAGAUAUUUAGACGAGCAAGCGGCCUGUCUUAUCCCAGCUCCCACCUUUGAUAGAAAUAAAUGGACUGCAGUUUUCAGGCCUUUUGAUUAUACGGUUUGGUUGAUGAUAAUCUUUUCUCUAGUUAGCAUUGCUACAAUCACUUGGACGACUACGAAUGCUUAUUGGAAAUGGUGUUUGGACAGAUCUCACAUUCACGCUACUCUUCGCUUUCAAUUGCCGUUUUCUCAAAAUUUUCUUUUCGCAUUUGGAGCCCUUUGUAGUCAGUCCAAAUGGAUUCCGAGUAGUUCUUAUUCCACUCGAAUCGCAACAUCAUCAUGGUGUCUGAUGUCGGCCGUCCUAGUCUACGCUUUUUCCAGCUGCAUAAUCGCAUACUUGACGAUCCCUAAAUCGUAUCUUCUUGUGAACUCUAUCGAGGAAUUGGCCAAUAGCGAAAUCCUUCAAGUGGCCACUCUCAAGAACUCCAUCUUUGAAACAACCUUAUUGCAAUCUAAUUUUGGUCCGUUGAAGAAUCUAGGAGACAGCUUGCGAAAAAAUCCUGAGAAUAGAUUAACCGGUCAGUAUUACAACCAAGAAAAAUUGUUAGAUAAAGUUUUCGGUCGGCUUGCCCUUAUAACGGGAAAAUUAAAACUGGAUAUGCUAAUGGAGUUGGACUACAGAAAAAGUAGGCGAUGCGAUUUGACUCUUUUGCCCCAACAGUUCAUGCCAAUUUUGAAAACGUGCUUAGCUCUACCAAAGGGAUCGACCUACACUCAUCUAAUCAAUCUGGGGAUCAUAGAGAUGAACGAAUUGGGACUGGUGGAUCAAUGGAUCAAACGCUAUGUCAAUCAAACAAAUCAAUGUAGCAAUGGAAUACGAAACUUUCAUCGUUCGGAAACUCAAACGAAACACCCACUUACACUUUCUGUAUUGGCAAGCGCUUUCGCUCUCCUUCUGCUGGGCAUUAUUGUAUCGUUUUUUACAUUCUUCUUGGAGCUGUAUUUCUCUAAAAAAUCGAAGAAUAGUCUAUUUAUAAUCUAAUGACAUCACGCAAGCAUGGCAAAUACAACUGCCUUAUUCGGCAAUUGGCAUUCA